AUGACGUCCAACCUCAUGAACAACCUCCAAGGUCAGCAGCAAAUAUUGCAUCAACUCAAGGAGACACCUACUGGGAAGUCCCUCCCUAGCCCCUGGCAGAACCACCUGGGCAACUUCCUCCAGGCGGGCCAGCAGCUGGUCCAGCAGCUGCAGCCGCAUAUGCCAGAGUGGCUGGAGCAGCGGCGCUGCCAGAUUCGGAAGAGCAGAGCGUCUCUCCUCAAUAUGACGACAGAGAUCACUUACGCUGAAGUGAAAUUCAUAAACAAAGCCCAGGCCUCGGGCACCCCAUCAGAGGCUCCUGCAGCUCCCAAAGAGAAGACUUGCCCUCCCCAAAGUAACUCUGGUUGCCUCAAACUACUUCUUGCCGCAUUGCUGAUGCUUCUGCUGCUGACAAUCUCAUUUUUAAUCGCCUUUAUCAUUUUUUUCCAAAAAUAUUCUAAACUUUUUCAAGAAGGAGAGAUUGCACAAGAUCUGACUCACACAAUGUUGGAAUGUAAGAAAGAAAACUUGACUAUGAAAGGUAAAUCCUGGAGCUGCUGCCCAAAGAAUUGGAAGCCAUUCGACUCAAAUUGCUACUUUUUUUCUACUGAGAUAAAAAACUGGGCCGACAGCAAGAAGAACUGUACAGGGAUGCAGGCACAUCUGCUGGUGGUCGACAGCAAGGAGGAGCAGGACUUUAUUAACAAGAAUGUGAACAACAAUAAUAAUUAUUAUUUGGGGCUGUCAUAUCUGAAGAAUGGUCACUGGGAAUGGGUUAAUGAGACCCCAUACAAUCAAAGUGUCACGUUUUGGCACCCAGGUGAACCCAAUUUUGAUUAUGAACAUUGUGCUGUGUUAAAUUUUCGUCAGCAAUGGGGCUGGAAUGACAUCCCUUGUGAUCAGCGUCAGUAUUCAAUUUCAACAAAUAUUGCAUCAACUCAAGGAGACACCCACUGGGAACUCCCACCCAGCCCCGGGCAGAACCACCUGGGCAGCCUCCUCCAGGCAGGUCCGCAGCUGGUCCAACAGCUGCAGCCGCAGACGCUGGUGUGGCUGGAGCAGCGGCGCAGCCAGAUGCGGAGUCGGGCGCCCUGUGCCAGCCAGGACGAGCGGCAGGAGUGA